GGAGCGUCCCGGACGCAGGAGUGCUGAGCUCCCGCUCUCGGACGGCUUUUGGAGAGUUUCUGCGAUAUACGCGGAAGCGUUGAGGAUCUACGGCGAAAGGAGUGCAGAGGACCCGCAGCUGCCGCCCUCGUUCCGUCCCGGAGGAGGAGCGACGAGGCGCGGGGGCUCUGCCCCCGUUCCGCCCCCGUUCCGCCCCUGUUCCACGCUGAGAGGACGAACGCAAAGGCGCCGCGGCUGUGCCCUCUGUUUCCCUCCCGGGAGGAGGAGCGAGGAGGCUCUGCCCUCGUUCCUCCCUCUGUCCCACCCCAGCAGAGCAGAGGGCUCUGCUCUCCCGCCGAGCCUCGUUCCGCCCCGGGAGGCGGAGGAGCGCGGAGGCUCCGCCCUCGUUAUAGCGAGGGAAGGAGCGCGAUGCCGCCCACUGGGAACCCUCGUUCCGCCCCCGUUCCACCCCGGGAGGCGGAGCGCGGGGACGCGGGGCGGGUGCGGUGCCGCCGCUCUCCUGUGCGGAGCGGCGACACGUGCGCGGAGCGGCGGCGAUGCGGAUCGCCGCCGGGCAGCGCCAUCGCCAUCGAGCAGCGUCUGGAGGACGGCAGGAAUGGACGAGAGCUGCACCAGGAGCUGCCCACCCCGUUCCAGGCGCCGGAACAGAAGAUGGAGGUGGGACCGACCAAGUACAGCGCCUCCGAGCAGCGGAACCCUCUGCAGGGCAGCGAACAUGUCCGUGGGAUGCAAGGCGACGGGAUCCCCGCACCAAAGAAGAUGCUGUUCCCCGUGGAGCGUCUCUCCUUGAAGUGGCAGAAGACCCACCGGAUCGGCGCCGGGCUGCGAAACUUGGGGAAUACGUGCUUCCUCAACUCCACUGUCCAGUGCCUCAGCUACACACCUCCGCUUGCCAACUACCUGCUCUCCAGGGAGCACAGCCGGACCUGCCAGCGAGGGGAGUUUUGCAUGCUGUGCACUAUGGAGAAGCACAUACUGCAGGUUUUCGGUAGCAGCGGCAGGGAAAUAGAGCCCACGGCCUUCGUCAGAAACAUCAAGAAGAUUGCCAUGCAUAUCCGCUUAGGCCGCCAGGAGGAUGCACACGAGUUCCUCAGUUUCACCCUUGAUGCCAUGCAGAGGGCCUGCCUGGAUGGCUGUACCGAGUUGGAUCAGCAGAGCCAGACCACAACGCUGGUUCACCAGAUCUUUGGUGGCUUCCUGCGAUCGCGUGUGCUGUGCAAAGAGUGCAAUUCACCCUCGGACACGUAUGAACCCUUCCUGGACCUGGCGGUGGAGAUCGAGGAAGCUGAAAGCAUCGAGCAGGCACUGAAGUUGUUUGUGAGGCCAGAGAUGCUGUGUGAGGAGAACGCCUACAUGUGUGACAAGUGCCAGGCCAAAGUGCAAGCCAUCAAACGCUUCAGCAUCCACCGAGCCUCCAGUGUUCUCAUAGUCUCGCUGAAGCGCUUUUCCAUCUUCAGCGGAGGCAAAAUCAAGAAGAACGUGACAUACCCUGAGAUCUUGGACAUCCGGCCUUACUUGUCAAAGGCCAAAGGGGACCCUAUGAAUUAUAAGCUCUACGCCGUGCUGGUGCACUCUGGGUACUCCUGCCACUCAGGGCACUACUACUGCUACGUGAAGGCCAGCGAUGGGCAGUGGUACAAAAUGAAUGAUGCCGUUGUCUCCGUCACCACCAUCAACGUGGUCCUGAACCAGCAGGCCUAUGUGCUUUUCUACCUCAGAACACGCAGCACCGGCAGGAGAGUUGAGGGACCCAAGGCCAAGGCUGUGUCCAUCCCGCCCAGCCAGCCAGUGGUGGCCCAGAAACCAGAGGCGCAGCCUGCAAAGAAGCUCUCUGGGCUGGAGGAGGUUGAGGUCUCUGUGUCCCAUGGAACAUUCAGCACAGGGCCAAAGCUUUCCAGCUCCUCCAAGCUGCUGCAGGAGCCCAGGCAGCACCUCUCUGCUGUGCCUGGAGUCAAGCCACCUGCUCCAGAAGACUCCAGGCGGGCUGAAUUGAAGAGGUCCCUGUGCGCCGUCGGCACUGUGAAGCAGAGCAGCAGCACAUCUCCAGCACCAGCCAAGAAGCUGGCACUCUCUGCCGAAAAGGGCAGCACGCCGGUGCCGGUGAGCAGAGAUGACCAUUGCAGGCAACCUCAGCCACAGGUUCCAGAGCAGACGCACCCCAUGGGCACCACAUGCCAUGACUCCACUUCUCAGCAUUCUGGCGAGUUGAGAACACCCGGCACCAGCAAGAGAGUUGAGGGACCCAUGGCCAAGGCUGUGUCCAUCCCGCCCAGCCAGCCAGUGGUGGCCCAGCCGCCGGGAAGCGCCAUGGCCAUGACAGAGAAGCUGGAGGACGGCAAGAAUGGUCGAGAGCUGCACCAGGAGCUGGCCACCCCGUUCAGGGCGCCACAGCAGGAGAAAAUGGAGGUGGGACCGACCAAGUACAGCGCCUCAGAACAGCUGAACCCUCUGCAGGACGAGGAUGAGCUGCUCAACCCCUGCAAGGAGGCUGGUGACAGCCCUCAUCCUGCCAAGCAACGCAGCGAACAUGUCCGAGGGAUGCGAGGCGACGGGAUCCCCGCACCAAAGAAGAUGAUGUUCCCCGUGGAGCGCCUCUCCCUGAAGUGGCAGAAGACCCACCGGAUCGGCGCCGGGCUGCGAAACUUGGGGAAUACGUGCUUCCUCAACUCCACCGUGCAGUGCCUCAGCUACACACCUCCGCUCGCCAACUACCUGCUCUCCAGGGAGCACAGCCGGACCUGCCAGCGAGGGGAGUUUUGCAUGCUGUGCACUAUGGAGAAGCACAUACUGCAGGUUUUCGGUAGCAGCGGCAGGGAAAUAGAGCCCACGGCCUUCGUCAGAAACAUCAAGAAGAUUGCCACGCACAUCCGCUUAGGCCGCCAGGAGGAUGCACACGAGUUCCUCAGUUUCACCCUUGAUGCCAUGCAGAGGGCCUGCCUGGAUGGCUGUACCGAGUUGGAUCAGCAGAGCCAGACCACAACGCUGGUUCACCAGAUCUUUGGUGGCUUCCUGCGAUCGCGUGUGCUGUGCAAAGAGUGCAAUUCACCCUCGGACACGUAUGAACCCUUCCUGGACCUGGCGGUGGAGAUCGAGGAAGCUGAAAGCAUCGAGCAGGCACUGAAGUUGUUUGUGAGGCCAGAGAUGCUGUGUGAGGAGAACGCCUACAUGUGUGACAAGUGCCAGGCCAAAGUGCAAGCCAUCAAACGCUUCAGCAUCCACCGAGCCUCCAGUGUUCUCAUAGUCUCGCUGAAGCGCUUUUCCAUCUUCAGCGGAGGCAAAAUCAAGAAGAACGUGACAUACCCUGAGAUCUUGGACAUCCGGCCUUACUUGUCAAAGGCCAAAGGGGACCCUAUGAAUUAUAAGCUCUACGCCGUGCUGGUGCACUCUGGGUACUCCUGCCACUCAGGGCACUACUACUGCUACGUGAAGGCCAGCGAUGGGCAGUGGUACAAAAUGAAUGAUGCCGUUGUCUCCGUCACCACCAUCAACGUGGUCCUGAACCAGCAGGCCUAUGUGCUUUUCUACCUCAGAACACGCAGCACCGGCAGGAGAGUUGAGGGACCCAAGGCCAAGGCUGUGUCCAUCCCGCCCAGCCAGCCAGUGGUGGCCCAGAAACCAGAGGCGCAGCCUGCAAAGAAGCUCUCUGGGCUGGAGGAGGUUGAGGUCUCUGUGUCCCAUGGAACAUUCAGCACAGGGCCAAAGCUUUCCAGCUCCUCCAAGCUGCUGCAGGAGCCCAGGCAGCACCUCUCUGCUGUGCCUGGAGUCAAGCCACCUGCUCCAGAAGACUCCAGGCGGGCUGAAUUGAAGAGGUCCCUGUGCGCCGUCGGCACUGUGAAGCAGAGCAGCAGCACAUCUCCAGCACCAGCCAAGAAGCUGGCACUCUCUGCCGAAAAGGGCAGCACGCCGGUGCCGGUGAGCAGAGAUGACCAUUGCAGGCAACCUCAGCCACAGGUUCCAGAGCAGACGCACCCCAUGGGCACCACAUGCCAUGACUCCACUUCUCAGCAUUCUGGCGAGUUGAGAACACCCGGCACCAGCAAGAGAGUUGAGGGACCCAUGGCCAAGGCUGUGUCCAUCCCGCCCAGCCAGCCAGUGGUGGCCCAGCCGCCGGGAAGCGCCAUGGCCAUGACAGAGAAGCUGGAGGACGGCAAGAAUGGUCGAGAGCUGCACCAGGAGCUGGCCACCCCGUUCCAGGCGCCACAGCAGGAGAAAAUGGAGGUGGGACCGACCAAGUACAGCGCCUCAGAACAGCUGAACCCUCUGCAGGACGAGGAUGAGCUGCUCAACCCCUGCAAGGAGGCUGGUGACAGCCCUCAUCCUGCCAAGCAACGCAGCGAACAUGUCCGAGGGAUGCGAGGCGACGGGAUCCCCGCACCAAAGAAGAUGAUGUUCCCCGUGGAGCGCCUCUCCCUGAAGUGGCAGAAGACCCACCGGAUCGGCGCCGGGCUGCGAAACUUGGGGAAUACGUGCUUCCUCAACUCCACCGUGCAGUGCCUCAGCUACACACCUCCGCUCGCCAACUACCUGCUCUCCAGGGAGCACAGCCGGACCUGCCAGCGAGGGGAGUUUUGCAUGCUGUGCACUAUGGAGAAGCACAUACUGCAGGUUUUCGGUAGCAGCGGCAGGGAAAUAGAGCCCACGGCCUUCGUCAGAAACAUCAAGAAGAUUGCCACGCACAUCCGCUUAGGCCGCCAGGAGGAUGCACACGAGUUCCUCAGUUUCACCCUUGAUGCCAUGCAGAGGGCCUGCCUGGAUGGCUGUACCGAGUUGGAUCAGCAGAGCCAGACCACAACGCUGGUUCACCAGAUCUUUGGUGGCUUCCUGCGAUCGCGUGUGCUGUGCAAAGAGUGCAAUUCACCCUCGGACACGUAUGAACCCUUCCUGGACCUGGCGGUGGAGAUCGAGGAAGCUGAAAGCAUCGAGCAGGCACUGAAGUUGUUUGUGAGGCCAGAGAUGCUGUGUGAGGAGAACGCCUACAUGUGUGACAAGUGCCAGGCCAAAGUGCAAGCCAUCAAACGCUUCAGCAUCCACCGAGCCUCCAGUGUUCUCAUAGUCUCGCUGAAGCGCUUUUCCAUCUUCAGCGGAGGCAAAAUCAAGAAGAACGUGACAUACCCUGAGAUCUUGGACAUCCGGCCUUACUUGUCAAAGGCCAAAGGGGACCCUAUGAAUUAUAAGCUCUACGCCGUGCUGGUGCACUCUGGGUACUCCUGCCACUCAGGGCACUACUACUGCUACGUGAAGGCCAGCGAUGGGCAGUGGUACAAAAUGAAUGAUGCCGUUGUCUCCGUCACCACCAUCAACGUGGUCCUGAACCAGCAGGCCUAUGUGCUUUUCUACCUCAGAACACGCAGCACCGGCAGGAGAGUUGAGGGACCCAAGGCCAAGGCUGUGUCCAUCCCGCCCAGCCAGCCAGUGGUGGCCCAGAAACCAGAGGCGCAGCCUGCAAAGAAGCUCUCUGGGCUGGAGGAGGUUGAGGUCUCUGUGUCCCAUAGAACAUUCAGCACAGGCCCAAAGCUUUCCAGCUCCUCCAAGCUGCUGCAGGAGCCCAGGCAGCACCUCUCUGCUGUGCCUGGAGUCAAGCCACCUGCUCCAGAAGACUCCAGGCGGGCUGAAUUGAAGAGGUCCCUGUGCGCCGUCGGCACUGUGAAGCAGAGCAGCAGCACAUCUCCAGCACCAGCCAAGAAGCUGGCACUCUCUGCCGAAAAGGGCAGCACGCCGGUGCCGGUGAGCAGAGAUGACCAUUGCAGGCAACCUCAGCCACAGGUUCCAGAGCAGACGCACCCCAUGGGCACCACAUGCCAUGACUCCACUUCUCAGCGUUCUGGCGAGUUGAGAACACUCGGCACCGGCAAGAGAGUUGAGGGACCCAUGGCCAAGGCUGUGUCCAUCCGGCCCAGCCAGCCAGUGGUGGCCCAGAAACCAGAGGCGCAGCCUGCAAAGAAGCUGUCUGGGCUGGAGGAGGUUGGGGUCUCUGCACCCCAUAGAACAUUCAACACGGGGCCAAGUCUGGUAAACGUUACGGUUCCACCAAAUCUGCCACAGAACGCGCCCCCUUCAUUCAAGAUAAAUUGCAGCAUUCUGAAAAGGCACUCAGCCCUGCCUUACGAUGCGGCCCAGAGGCCCAAGAGGCUCUGGCACCUGCCUCAUGGACCCAGAUCAUUUCAGGACCACGAGACAAAAAAAGACAAGUGAGGCCAAACAAGUGAGGCCAAAGUGGAGCUGCCCCUGUGUAGCUUCUUAGAGACCAAGAAGCCACACAUGUCAUUCAAGAUGCGGGAGCCCAAACAGCACCUCUCCGCAGUCCUUGGAGUUGUGCAGCUGUUCCUGACAGCUGCUGUCUGCUUAAACUGAAGCGCUCCCUGUUGACGGCUGUGGAGCGGAGCAGCUCCACAUCUCCAGCACCAGCCAAGAAGCUGGCACUGUCUGCCGAAAAGGGCAGUACGCCGGAGGCGGUGAGCAGAGAUGACCAUUAUCAACCAAUCAAAUUAUCAGCCCUUGAGGACCUCAGCUCCCCUCUGAAAACGCGCCACCAUGGGGCAGAUGGCAGCCCUCAAUCUCAAUCUGUGAAUGGCAAAGAUGACACCUCCAGCCCGCCCAGAAAGAAGAGCCGCACACACGGGAACUCGGUGUCCGUCACGGGGGAGGAGGCAGGCAAGAGUCCCAGUGGUGGCCAGAAGGAGCAAUGCUGCCAGGAGUUGGGGGCAGAGCAGAAGGAGAAGGAGAAGGAGGAGGAGGAGGACAAUAAGAAGGAGGAGGAGAAGAAAAAGAAGAGGAAGAGAAGGGCUCUGUCUUCAGCACAUCUUCAUCUGCACUGAAGCUGCCAAAUCCAGAAAAGGCUCCCUUGAAAAUCAUCAUCAAAUUAUCAACCCUUGAGGACCUCAGCUCCCCUUUGAAAAGCACCACCAUGGGGUCCACCAAGUGCCACAGAUUGAG